AUGCCGGGUGGAGGGAACUUGGUGAGGACCGAAAGGUUCCGAAAGGCGCCGCGUACACCACGCACCGCGCACGCGCGGUACUACUACACUAGGUCCCUGGUAUUGGACUCUCCAAUUAGGAAAAGACCUAACACACCUCGGCUAAGAUGUCAGUCCGCUCCGAAAGUAAUGGAUAGCCACAGUAGAUCGGCCUCGCCGCGCGAGCCCAUGAGGCCGCAACAUCGACCUCCCUCCCCGCCGUCCUCGCCAGGCGCCUUCGACAACAGGGCCUACCAACACGACGAAUCAGACCCCAACCAUAAUGACUCCUUCGCCUCAAACGGUCCACAACAAAACGGGCACACGAAAGAACCGAAUGGUGAAACCAAAACCUUGGAAGCAGUCAAUUUAGAACUGAUUAACCUCACGCCCAAGAAUGGUAACGCGAAGAAGAAGGAUGUGGAGGUGGACAUGAAUGCCACCAACCCAUACGACGAAUACUUCGUGCCAGUCAACGAACAUAGGAAAUACAUGAGAGGCGAGAAAUUGUACGUGACGGCAGAUAAACGGGGCGAGAAAGGAGGUUGCAAGCGACCUCUCUGCUGGACCCUGCUGGGAUUAGUCGUCGCAGCUAUAGUCGCCAUCAUCGUUCUAGCAGCAACGGGUAUCCUAUUCACGGGCUCACCAACUCCAUUGGAACAAUACAACGCAUCGGUGAAUUCAGCGCGGGCGCUAGGUGGGAUCGGCCACGUUCACCACGACCAUGGAUCAGAUCAUCAACACCAGGACCAUAAUGAAGACCACCACAGUGCUGAACAUGAUCAUAGCAUGGAGACGACGGAGCAUCAACACGGACCUGAACCCCAGAGCGAUGAAGCUCACGAACCCUCCGGUCUUUCGGAGGAAACCGGCGACUUCACUAUGUAUGUACCCAGAACUGUGGAAGGCGAGUUGAAGAUUGACAAUGAAGAAUUCUCUAGCGCGCUUCAAGACCCUGAGAGCAACGAAUAUAGAGAAUUUGUCACCAACUUCGUCCAUGGAAUAAAAGGAGCACUAUUCGAUAGGAACCACCUCGACAACGGAGCAAACGAGAUCACAGUCGAAGUUACACAGCUGAGGAAGGGCUCGAUCAUCGUCACCUACAGAGUCCACUGGAAGCCGAAGAUGAACAUAGAACCCACAGAAGAUUUGCUUAACGCAAAUAAACUUGAAGCAAGACUCGAUGACUACCUCUCCAAGAACAACCGAAUGAUCAACGUUUACCACAUCGCUGAAGACAAGAUAACUACCAGACCAGUGCUAGAUAUCUGUCAAAUAAACAAAAAUGGUUGUGAACACGAAUGUGAAUUCGAUGAAAUGACCCUAGAUUUCACCUGCACGUGCCCUCAUGGUCAAAUACUAGACAUGUCGAAUCCUAAAAAGUGUAUAUCGUUAUUAGAUUCGGAAACUGAACAAGAAAAGACUUUACGGUUCUUACAGUAG